AUGAGAGGCCCACCAUCUUGGCCCGCCGGGCUGGCGGCGAUGUCCUCGCUCGCCAGCUUCUGCGUAUCGACAGCCAACGGCUUCUCGACCUCCUCCAAGCUCUGGGACAGGAUCCAGAAAUCCAACAUCUUCACGGCGGAGCACGAGCUCGGCAGCCGAUCUCUCGACAUCGGCAUCAGCAGCGGCUGCCCGACCGCCCUCGACCUGUGCGUCGAUGGCGCCUGCACCAACGUCACCAUCGGCAUCAAUCCGCUUCACCUGCGGCGCCUCACGAACCGCUGCAAGGCAGGCGAGAUCUGCGUCGUCGGGUGCUGCGGGCCCCUGAGCUUCCACGAGCCCGCGGGGUGUGGCAGUGACGACGAGCCGUGCAAGGCAGGUCGCUGGUGCCACCGCGGGUCGUCGCUGCCCAUCGAGGUCAGCACGAGCUCGCGCGCCUGCGGCUCCCACAAGAGGAGGUGCGACCCGGGCACGCUCUGUGUCAGCGGCUUCUGCGAAAAGAUCGACCUCGGAAGCGACCCCCUGAACUGCGGCGGCAGUGGCGUCGUCUGCGAGGCAGGGCACUUACUGCCUCGACGGCGCCUGCGGUGCCCAUGUCGUUGGCGCCCCUCCCCUCACGGCGUCUGCGAGGAGAUCAGCAUCGCGCUCGAUCCCUACAGGUGCGGCGCCAACAGCACCACCCAGUGCCUUGCUGGCGAGACUUGCCACGGCGGGCGCUGCGAGCGCAUCGCCCUCGGCUGCGAGGCUGUCGACGGCGACAAUGGCAACGACGAUGUCGAGGCCUGCGAGAAGACGUGCGAGCUCGGAAGCGUGUGCUACAACAACGAGUGCAUCCCGCUGCAUGUCGACCUCGACGUCGCGGACUGCCAUGGCAAGGCGUGCGCCGCGGGUGAUGUCUGCCUCUCGGGCAUCUGUACGUCUCAUCUCGCGAGGAAACGCCACCGGUCCGAUCGUGGGGGUGUGCUGGUGCCCCUCCUGGAUCUGGCUCUCCUGGCGGUCAGCCUACGGGACAACCUGGUGCGUCUGCUGGCGCAUCUGGUCUGCCUGGUGGUCAGCAGCCUACUGACGUGCCUGUCGUCCCGGGGCCUGUCGGACAGCCGAGCGCUCAACAGCCUGGUCAACCCGGUGCCGGACAGCCUGGCUCGGAUCAGCCCGGCCAGUCCGGUGGCUCCGGUCUUGUUGGCGGCCCCGGUGGCCAGCCAGGCCAACCUGGAGUGA